AUGAAGGUUUUAAUUACACUCUCUUCCAACUCCCACCACCCCGAACCACACCACACUCACCAGCUGCGGGGCUGCAGUGGGAGGCAGGGAGACCUGGCCAGCUCGCGCUUUUUCCUGAGUCUAGAGGACAAUCUGCUGCGGGUGUUCGGAGGAGAGCGCAUGGACGGGCUGUUGAGGGCCUUCCAUCUACGUGGCCGCAGCGGUCGGCAGGGGGACCCAGGCAGCUCUCGCUUCUUCCUCAGUCUGGAGGACAAUCUUUUAAGAGUGUUCGGGGGAGAGCGCAUCGACGGGCUGAUGAGGGCCUUCCACGUGGAGGAUCUGCCCAUCGAGUCGCCGUUUCUGAACCGAGCGCUGGAGGAUGCGCAGCAGAAGGUGGAGAACUACUACUUCGACAUUCGCAAGCAGCUGUUUGAGUACGACCAGGUGCUGAACAGCCAGCGGGAACGGUUCUACUCGGAGAGGAGGAGAGCGCUGGAGACAGAGGAUCUGGAAGGGCUGAUGCUGGAGUAUGCACAGCUGACCAUGGACGACAUUGUCAAUGCGAACAUCGACCCAUCACUGUCACAGGAGGAGUGGAACUUCGAGGCUCUUACAAAGAAGGUCAAACAGUACUGUGCUCUGCUUACGGAUUUAUCAAUCGAUGACAUUAUCUAUCACAGCGACACUGUAGACACCCUGAGGGAUUAUCUGCACCAACGCAGCAAAGACGCCUACUACACAAAGAAGGCAGAGGUAGAAUCGGCAGUCCCAGGGUUAAUGAGGGAUGCAGAGCGGUACUUUGUGCUCACUCAGAUGGAUCUGCUCUGGAAGGAGCAUCUGCAGGCGCUCAGAUUCACCCAGCAGGCCGUGGCUUUAAGGGGCUAUGCUCAACGAGACCCUCUUAUCGAGUACAAGCUUGAAGGGUACAACCUGUUUCUUGCAAUGAUGGGGCAGAUCCGGCGAAAUGUCAUUUAUUCCGUGUAUCAGUUCAAUCCAGUCCAGUGA